AUGUCGGUCCUACGACACGGCAGCGCUUUUCUACAGCGACGGCUGACGAAGCUGUAUACUGACACCAAAUCAUCUUGUGAGAGCGUUACUACAGCUGCCAGGCCGAACGAUGAUCCAGAGCUUGUAUCGCUCAACCGUCAUUUUCGCACUCAAAAGGAUAGACUGCUAGCGUGGGGUCUAGACUGGAGCGAUGCCAGUGCAGCGCAACCAAAUGAUAUCGAUGAAGCCUUGACGGAAGCUGGAUUCAGCGAUGUGGUCGCCGGUGUCAUGUCUUCUAUCCAGAAACUUCUCAAUGAAGCAGAGCGACUACAACACCCUAAUACUCCAGCCAUGUCACCAGAUGGACUGGGUGGCAAGGUUACUGACGGAAGUUACCCGUCUGGUGCGACUGGUGGCGUGAAGACAACCUGGACAGAAGCAGAGAUAUCUCGAUCUAAAGUAUUGUUGGAAGAGUUAACAUCCCACAUCGAUACCCUUUAUGAUUUAUCGGCAUCGAGGAGAGACAUGAGCAUGGGCAUAACUUCAAAUACACCCCAGAAUGAAAAAUACACUCAUCACCGCAACUUAGAGAAACAUUCUAAAGAAGCCAAAGAAGCCCUUCGUCCAAAACUGAUAUCCUCGAAAUCUGCCGGUAGCAGACCAGCUUACCAUCACGAAAUUUCUCCAACACAAACCACUCAGGAUAUGCCUGCAGGGAACCCUUUUAUUAGAAUGCAUGUUGACCCCGCUCUCGCCGCCAUGAAUACGGAGGCAUUCCAGCAACAGCCGCUCCCAUUCCAGAAACAGCCGCUCCAAACUCAACCUAAUGGGGAAUUCUACCUGGAUCGCAGUGCAUUGAGCCUUUCGAAAGAGCAUAUCUCGCAUGCCACGACUCCUCCUCCAUAUGAAGCCAUUGCCGCCUCAACCACUUCUAGAGCAGUGGGGUAUAUCAAUAGAGAAGCUAUCCCAUCUUGCAUAGCGGGAAGUUGCCAUGGGGCUUCCAUCCCAGUGAUGGUCGAAUUUUUGCCAAUUUUGAUGGAAGCACAACGCUCCCUUUCUCACCCAUUGAAGCAGCGCUUGAAGUCUAUAAGCCAGACCCUUGAUCGCUUGAUAGAAAAUUCAAGGGUUUCUCAUCUUGGCUUAUUGAGAUUUAUUGGUUAUUAUAUUGACAUGACUUACUCCCGGUACGGGUUCGUCUACCAGACCCCCAUCGAUGCUUUCCCAUUCCUCAAACAGCCUUCCAAUACCAUGCAACCUAAACCACUCGUUUCACUUCUUCAUAAUGGUGAUGACAAGCAGGAGGGUCCCGUACCCAACCUCGAAGAUCGGUUGGCUUUGGCGUAUAACCUAGUGCUAUCAGCUCUACAUCUACGGAGCCAAAACCUGGUUCAUGGCAGUAUAAACAGCAACAAUGUUAUGAUAUUUCCCGGGGUCCAUGUGUCCAAUGCGGGCUCUACAAAUAACCAGGACCUAGACUAUCGACGACCUUUUCUUACUUCCCUCUGCCAGUUUGACGGUGACGACAAAACUGCGCCCCCGGAACCCUUAUCAUCAAGUAUGUACCGGCAUCCUGAUGAUAGAAGAUCUUAUGCCGAUAAAUCUGCCUGGGCGUACGAUCUAUACAGUCUUGGCCUAGUCCUACUCGAGAUAGGGCUCUGGACACCUAUCGGGAGACUAUGGAAAUUGAAAUACAAUAACUCCAUGUUCAAGUCAAGGAUUGAAAACGUCUACGUGAAGAAGCUGGCAGCUAAGUGUGGCGGCGCGUACAUGCAAGUAGUCCAGAUUUGCCUUGAUGCUCCAAACUUCCAUUUAUCAACGGAGCCCAUGGCCGAUUUAGGCCUCAGAAUUCCGCAGACAUACCAUUAUCCCUGGCAUGACCCAAGCAGCUCGAACGAUUGGAACACAUUCUCAAAAAAUUUUGUUUAUACAAUUGGAAAGGUUCUUUGGAAAUGCUGCGGUGUUGAUGUCUUCUCACCACCUCCGGCCUCUGACCUAGAAGACUCUCUCCCUCCACCCCUGGGACUUGGCUCAGAGUUAUCAUCGGUUCAUGAAAUACCUUCAAAAGAGCCAAGUCUGCAGUUCAUGGAACCAACCGUUUCCAUCGAUGUGUCAUAUGACCACUCUGCGAACCCAGACAUGAAGAAUAUUAGUGAAAUAUGCGAAAACAACGAGAAAAAGGCUCGCAAACGCUCUAUGAAGAAAUGGUCAAACGUGGAUAUACCCGAAGAGCACCUACAAGCCUGGAAUAAGUCCUUGAUGCCAAAAUUAAGUAAACUUCUACAGAAGAUCCUAAAGGAUUCACCAGAAUCCUGUAGCGCAACGCUACUAGUCGCUGGAGAAACUAUCGACACGGCUAAGACAACUAUAUGCGUUACUUGUACUAAUGUCCGAAAAGUGCGCGCCGCAUUGAAGAAAUACUUUGAAUAUGAUCGCGAAAAUUGGAAUCUGAUUGUUAUUCGUGGAGAUAUAAAGCGAUCCAAAGUACCACGGAAGAAACGCCGGAAACCACAGACAAACAAGCACAUUGUUUCCCCGGAAGUCUCCACGCCCGACUUUAAUUCUAAAUAUCAAAGAAAACCGAUAUGCGGUGCUUCUAUUGGUGCCUUCCGCUACGAUGAACAUUUGCCACCUGUUUCAUACGGCGGCGCGAUUCUUGUGGAUGGUAUACCAUAUGGGAUGACAGUUCACCAUAUGCUAGAUACCCCAUGUGAUGAUGACGAUGAUUACGAUGAUGGAUACGAUGAUGACGAUGGAGAUUAUCCCCCACGGUCUGCCGCAAAUUACAUACUCAACCCUGCGAUCACUAGCUCUAACGCUACCUUCUCAUGGGGUGAUGACAACCUUCCUGAAGCCGCCUAUCCAUUAGAAUUUUCAGAUGAUGAAGACGGUGAUGACGGCCAAUCCAUAGCACAUAGUCUUGAUGAAUCAUUUGAUGACCACUGGUUAUCUGACGGUUACUCCAGCGAUGAAGGAGACGAUUAUGGCGGUUUUGAUGACGAUGAUGCAGCUUCCAUUGGUGAUACUGUUGGUGUUGAGCCCGACGAAGAGCCUAAAAUCAUGGUCACACAGCCUGCACUCGAUGAUGUUCAUGAGGAUUUCUUUCCAACCCCUGAAGAUAAGGAUGAUGAGCACCUUGCAUCUCAUUCCCUAGGCUUCGUCCAUGCUUCAUCUGGAGUUCGACGAUGGACUAAAGACGGUAUUAAACAUGAGGUGGAUUGGGCUCUUAUCAAGAUCGAUUUAAACAGGAUGGAAGUCAAAAAUCUGGUCCCCAUAUCAUCACCGCAAGGGAAUGAUUCAAGAUCCAGCCGGAGACAACCAUAUGGCCCUACCGGCUCCUUUCGGACUUUAACUAAGAUUGCAAAGAUUGGCGACUUGGGUGGCUUGAAUGUACAGUGUUGUGGCCGAACGAGCGGUUUCCAGAGUGGACGAAUAUCUAAGGCGUUAACACUAGUAAAGAUGUAUGGUCGCCAAUCUUUCUCGACCAGCUUUAGCGUUGAUGGGAAUUUUGGAGUACCCGGAGAUUCAGGUGCUUGGGUAUUCAACGACAAAGGUCAGGUAUGCGGCCAUGUCCUUGCGUGGUCUGAAAAGAGCCGCAGUGCAUACAUCGCACCGAUGGAGAUCCUGCUCAAUGAUAUUGCUCGUACACUUUGCGCCUACAGUGUAAAACUUCCCGGCGGUGAUGAGGAGAUAUGCUAUCAAGACUCUUCUUCAUCGGCACCUUUGCAGGGAGUUCCUCCAUCAGUUCUGCCUGUUCACUCGAUGAAGCCGCUUCCGCCAACUCCUGUUAUGGCAGAGCGUCUUCCAGUAGACCUGCAUAAGCUGUCACUUGUUGAGGAACCAGCUUGCAACAACCCCCGAGUUGGAAGUGUUACGAAAGAUGUUCCUGGGACUUAUAGAGCUAGUAGUCAUCUCAUGCCGCAUGCUUGUGUGGGCCGACAGAUUGCUUGA